AUGUCAGAUAAAGAAAACCAAAAAGAGUCAAACUAAUCUUACAGAUCUACAAAUCAACAUUCUUUUUAUGAUUAGCAGAGUUCUCCAAUUCAGUCUGUUAUAAAUCAAAUAAAAUAUUAUGAACUCUAUAACAAUCCAGAUUAUGUUUACAAAGACUAGUGGCGAGAUUCUAGCAAAAAGAAAAAUCAUUAAGUUCUGAGACCAAUCAUUAUGAAUGAUUCUAUAUUUAUGAAAAGUUUUGACUUCCAAAGGGAAUAAAACAAUAGUUAAAACGAGGGCAUGAGUAUGGCUACUGAUAAUUAUCAAUUUUUAAAUGAAAUUGCUCUUAGUCAGUCAUAGAUUGAGUAGUAAUCUUAGCAUGAUAUUACAAAUAAGUCUGUAAUUAAUUCCAAUGGUGUGAAUCAGGACUUGGUAGAGAUUUAAAGCACUUAUCCGUUUUUAAAGAUAUAAAGAUGCUAGAAACUUGAAAAUGAUAACCAAAGUAAUGUAUUUGAUUAUGAAUAACAGUAGAAUCAACCAGUAAUAGUAAAAAAUACUUCUAAAAAAGUAGAAAAAUCCUACCUUGAUAAUCUGAAUGAAAUAGUCUUAACUCUCAAUGAAAAGGCCUAAAUUUACAACAAAACAAAUGGACAUUAUUCACACAGAAAUCAUGAAAGCGUAGAGAUUUAAACUGAUGAAAAUUUUUAUAGACCUUUGAUUUCUUCAAGAACAAAUAACUUAAGAGAUUACCAAGUUAAAAGUGAAACAAUAAGCAAUCUUAAAUCAUCUAGAGAUAAAACUCCAAAUAAACUUUACAAGGGAUCAAUAGCAUCUAAUAAAUCUUAAAGCAAGAAUAAUAAUCAUCAAAGAUCUCAUGUUUAUUUCUAGAAUACAGUUGAGUCACUAAAUAAGAUGUUAAAGAAAUCUAAAAGCACUGCAAAAAUUAGCUAGAAAACAUAUCGUGAUAGUACAUCUGCUAUAGGAACUCAUUUGAUCUACUAGUCAAAGAGAGAACGAAGUAAGAGUGCUAAUAAAGAUAGAAAAAGUUCUGUAGUUAGGUAAUUAUUCAAGAGUUCUAGCAAAGAUCAGUUUAAUAGAAGGAAAUCAGAUGAAUAAAAAGCUCCAGUUUAAAAUCUAAAGCUUUGUAAGUAACUAUAGGCAAUUACUAAUACAUAAAAAAGUUCAGAAAAAUUAAAGGUUAAGAAAAAUAAGAAAUCUUUAUUGGAUAAAAGUAGCAAAGAAAAUUAAACUCAAUUUCAUGCAACAGAAAACAAAAAUGACAAAUAAAUGUAAAAAUUGCCAAAUCAAAAAAGCUAAAGAGACAAUGUUCAAGAUAGGGAAAAAUCUGGAAUAAGAUAAAAAUAUAAAAUAGAUAAACAGUAAAAGCUUGGUCAAACAAUGAAAGCUGAUAUGAUAAAGAAUAAAUCAAAGGAGAGAGAUAUUAAACCUAAGUAAUUUAGCAUGCUUUGA